AAGAACUUGUAAGAAUAAAAGAAAAAUUUAAAGCAAUGGGUGGUAUUGAUGGUGUUGUUGCAGCAGUUGAUGGAACGUAUGUGCCAAUAAAAGCACCCUCGGAAAAUCCAGACGUUUAUAUUACGCGUAAAUGUCAAUACGCCAUAACAUUACAAGCAAUGUGUGAUUCUGAUAUGAAAUUCGUUGAUUGCUUUGUAGGAUACCCCGGCUUAGUUCAUGAUGCUAGAAUUUUUAGAAAUUCUGAUAUAUAUCAUUUAAUAUGUGAAAAUGUUAACAAAUAUUUUCCUGGAAAUGAAUUUAUUUUAGCAGAUAAAGCUUAUCCAGUUUUAAAAUGGUGUAUUCCUCCAUACAUUGAUCGAGGAAAUUUAACGAGAGCGCAACGUCAUUUUAAUGAGUCAGUGUCGAAAACUAGACAAACAAUUGAAAGAGCAUUUGCUUUAUUGUUUGGAAGAUUCCGACGACUAAAAUAUCUUGACAUGAACAGAGUUGAUAUGAUACCUGCAACAGUUAUAGCUUGCUGUGUAAUGCAUAAUUUAUGUAUAGAUAGUGGUGAUAGUUUAUUGAAUGAAUAUAUAAAUGAAGGAAUGAAUGAUGUACAAAAUGAAAGAGAAGAAAUUAGGGGAAUGGAAGAUGGAGAAAUCGCUAGCAGUCGACGCGAUGCUUUGUGUAGAGAAUUGUAUCGAAACCUCGAGUAAUAUUAUAUAUUAUAUAUGUAUAUAUAUAUGCAGAGUUUG